AUAAAAUGGUUCCACAAUGACAAACUGUAGUAUUCACUACGAAUGAAGCGACAGACGAAGAAUCUUCCUUUACUCGUUUUGAUGAAGUAGAAUAUUUCCAAGAGAACAAUGCACUGGUUAUUAGAAAUAUGACUUCGAAGUAUGUCGGUACAUACACUUGCGAUGUAAGAAAUGGUGCAAAUGCUGUGUCUUAUCCCGUUGCAGUUGAAAUAUCUGGACUUGAAGUGCCUGUCUUAGAAAUGUCUAAGACAGAAAUGACAACGCAUCUUGGCGAUGAGGUUGAAAUAGCUUGCAGACUAUUAAAAGGAAGACCAGAUCCAACUGUGAUUUGGAAAUACAGACAAGCGGACGCGUAUGAUUUCACAGAUUUGCCCGAAGACGUAGAAAUCGGAGAAGGGAAAAUAGUGAUAGGUGAAGCAAAGUCGGAACAUAAUGGAAUUUAUAAAUGUGAAGCCACCAAUGAACAGGGGCAAGAUUCUAAGGAAAUGUUAUUGAAAGUUAUUUAUGCGCCUAAAAUCAAAAACGCAGAAACAUCUACGCAAGACGUACGACUAGAUAGUAUGGUCACGCUAGAGUGUUCAGUGGAUGCAGAGCCGAAGGCUACAGUCAGGUGGGACAGAGACGACGGCACAUACUUCCCUGAUGAGAAACAUGUUAUGGAAGGGAAUAACCUCCAGUUUACGGCGCGGUACAACGACUCGGGAUCUUAUCGAUGUGUGGCAGAAAAUGAGGCUGGAACUGCCGAGAAAACUGUUGUCGUUAAAGUUCUUGUGAAACCUUACAUCACUCGAGUGGCCAGGUCCGUCACCGUACGAGCCGGCGGUGCGGUGACACUGACCUGCCGCGUGCAAGAAGCGAACCCGCCCCCAACCGUCACUUGGGAGUUCAAGGGAGCGGACAAUGUGAAGACUGUACUAGAUAUAAAAGAAUACAUAUUUCUGUCGGAGUACGUCAUAAGAUCAGCGUCGAGAAGCCAAGCCGGCACUUAUUAUUGCUUCGUGGAAAACGUCGCGGGCUGGGACCACGUCGAAAUCACUGUCAAUGUAAAAUAACAAAUAACACAAAUAUUAAUUGCACUUUGCACUCAUAUGUAUAAGUACUUAAUUCAUUAUAUCUUUCACGAAAUACGUGCCUCGAUUAUUGUAAUGAUAUUAGAGAUUAGUCGUGAAUGAAACGCCAAUAAUUUUAUUCGUCUACUUAUAAUAAUUAUCAUGAUCACAUGCUAUGUAAAUACCUAAGGCCGAAAUUCCACUAUCAUAAUAAUAUGUUUAUCAUAGAAAUAUGAUCAUA